AUGGGUGUAGAGCUGGCUCGGGUCACUGUGGUUGGGGCUGAUCUGGAACCUGUGUACGAGUCCCUGGUGAUGCCUGACAACCGCAUUGUAGACCUCAACACCAGGUUCAGUGGUAUAUCUGAGGAGGACCUGGAGGAUGUUCACACCUCGCUGAGGGACGUGCAGCCUGUUCUGCUGUCUCUAUUCACAGACAAGACCAUCCUGCUGGGGCACAGCCUUGAGUCAGAUCUACUGGCUCUCAAGCUGAUCCACAGCACAGUGGUUGACACCUCGAUAGUGUUUCCUCAUCGUAUGGGUCUGCCCUUCAAGAGAGCUCUCAAGAACCUCAUGGCUGAAUACUUGAAGAAGAUCAUUCAGGAUGACGUCAGCGGCCAUGACAGUUUGGAAGAUGCAACAGCAUGUCUGCAACUGAUGCAGCACAAACUCAAGGAUGACGCAAGAUAGGAGGGGAGGAGACUCUCUACAUAGGAGACACAUCAGGGAUAUAUCAUGAAAGAUUAUUAUACAGAGAAUAAAUCAGACGAAAGGACUGUUUUAUCAAGGGAAAUGAUGCGUUUGUAGUGAUACAUCAGGGGAGAUGACUCUACAUAAGAGGUACAUCAGGGGAGGGCAUCAUGUGUCUGAGAUAUUGUAAGAGUGCUCUCCCACUAGUCAGCAUCUGUCAACUUAUUUGGUUUCUUGACUGACCAAAUUAAGUGGAAGUUACAAACUUACCAUUGUUUGUCAUGGGUUUAGGUCAACAUGAAGGUGAAAGAUUAGUGCUGUGUUGGUUUUCACGUUGUUGAACUGCAAUACAACAGUUUUGGUGCUGAACUAUGAAUAAUUUGAAAAUGGAAAAUACAAGAAUGAACAGUCGAAAAUACUCAUAGUUUUGUUGUUUGAUGUGUAUUUUAAUGAAUUGCAUAGAAGUAUGGUGUUCCUAGUAGACUGUGGUCUUUGCUCUUUCUUAUGUUCUGGUUAUUUAUCAACCAAUAGGCUGGUUUAAUAUUUGUGGGAUGACCUGUCAGCUUGCUUUUAUGCAAUUUAGUUUGAAAAUUAACAAUUAAAAUAAAACAUAUAAGCUUAUUUCAAUCGACAGAAUGUUGUGUUAGCAAUUAUAAAGAAAGAUGCGUGCAUUUAGUUUCAUACAUCAUGAUUAUUCAAUGUUUGUGUAUGAACAUUUAAUUUAUUAAAGUAUGCUAUGUCAAGAAUAAGACAAAUGCUUCUAUUCUGUGUGUUGCAUAAAGAGGCCACUGUGAUUGAGGUCAACUAUUUUGUCUGUGUUUGCUAUUGGUGUCAGAUACAAUGAAUUAAAGACUUAAUAUUAUUUCUUGUCUAAUGUACUCGUGUCUGUUUCAUGGGUGGAACCAGUACUUUGUAUCUGGAGGAGAUUUAAGGAGCGGUCCCACAUUUGGGUUUGAACCCAUCACCUCCUUGUAGCUAGGCGGACACUAAAUCAACUAGACAACAGCAACAUUUGUUACAUAUAACCGGUGAAUAUAUAUAAUAAUACACACAUUCAUUUUCCAAAGUUUCUGUAUAUUGACUCAUUAAAGUAAUAAGGAGCACAUUCAAGAUUAUUAGAUAAAGUAAAAAAUGUGAAUGUGUGCCAUUUAAGUUAAUGUAUUGAACCAUUCUGUUUUUCUAUGAUUCGGAAAACUAAUCUCUAGUUUUUAUACAAGUCAGAUGUGGUGUCUUGUUAUACUUUUAGGCCAAAAUUGUUAAAAUGGUGUACAUCAUUAUAUUAAAGUACAUAGUUUGCGAUCUUUUAUAUUUUCAUCUUGCAAUUUUAUGCGAAGUUAUUAUGCUAUUUAAUGUAUAUUAAAUACAAAUAGUAUGUGUGUAAACACAUGAAAAUACAGGGUUAUCAGGCAAUUUCUUCACAGUGAAUAUUGCAGUAUUUAUUGUAUUUAUUAUUCAUAUCGUUUGCAUUUGUUGCUGUUUCUAUGUACUGAAAACAGUAAUGAUAA